GCCGAAGCUGCUAGAUGAAGACCUUCCUCUUUUUAUUUGCAAAAGUGCUCAUCCACCCUGAAUAAUUAUUUGAAAAUGAAUUUGUUCUUUGUCCUUCUUCUCUUGUUAGAUAUCCCUGGAUUGAGUGCCCUGCAGACUGUUGAGGAGUUUGGCAACAUUUUUCUGAGACUUGACUUCCCAUCGGUUUAUAACCAACACAUCAAGUCCUGCUGUAAGGUUUAUACCAGCGGGUGUCAGACUCUUCUGGACAGUACAGGAUACACCAACGAUUUCUUAAGAGGAAGAGUGACUACGAUUGAGACAAACAGUUGGAUUGUCUUCACAAUAUCAAGGGUUCAGAUUCCUGAUGGAGGCUACUAUAGGUGUGCUGUGCUGGGUGCUCCCAGCUACAUGUACACAGAUUAUUUUUUUCGCGUGUCUGAUGCUUCAGCUGACCACAGCCAAUCCUACGUCUCGCUGUCAAAAACUGUUCAGUACCCCAAUGCGCCAACAAGUCCAGUGUUGACUAGUUCACAAGUAGCACGAGAGGACAGCGAUUCUCCCAGAGCUGUCUGGACUUUUGGUCCACUAGUAGCUCUUGUUGUAUCCGUGAGCAUCAUCCUUGUUGUUGCCUCGGUGAUUGGAGCCAUUUGCUUCAGAGUCAAGAUUAAAUCCAAAGAUUUAGACAAGUAUGGAAAAUGUCUGCAUGAGUCACCCAAACAAGAGGCCACAGAGACGACUGGUGUGAUCUACAGUACCGUGGAUUUUUGUCAUCAGGACGACCCUGCUAAGCUGUACGCCAAUGUGAAUAUACCAAAGACAAGAGGCUCUCACUCCCACGGGAGGCCAAAGCAUGAUGGUGGUGUGGAGUACUCCAUACUAGCACUCCACCAGUGA